GUUGGGUUCAGCCAAUGACUUGUCGCUCCGCCCCAGUCUUUGCGGCCCCAUGUGCAAGAGAUCUGCGGGUUGGCGGUUGUGGGUAGCAUUGGGACAUCCAGCCACGGCGGGCAACCGCCAAAAGCUGUCAAAGCGGCCAUGUGUGUGUGCCGGGCGAACUGCUGUUUCUGUGAAUUCUGGUUGUUCCUGGUCGAAUGAGCGGGGACAAGACUUUUGGUCUCGUGUUGCAGGCAAGCCCCAUGAGCUUACUUUGUUUGGAGACAUUGAUGGCCCAUCAGCCGCCGAUUAGAUUGAUAACCAUCAUCAACGAGUUUUGGCUGCCAAGGGCCAAGGCUGGCUGCGACAGCAGACAUCAGACCACGGGCGGGCUGGCUGCAGGGCACGAAGCCCAGCAUUGUCGUAGUAUAUGGAAAGGACCAACGGCCAGCUACUUGCCCGUGGCUUGACGAUGAUCUGGUGCCGGCCGGCCGGACCACUUUCCGUUUUCCCUCUUCCCGCCCCCCUUGUCCCGUGCCUGCUUCACACCGACUCCCAGGGUAUCGGCCGGAGCACAGCACCGCAUCCAAGGAAACAUGUGGCGUGUGAUGCUGGCCCCCCUCCCCCACAGCGUGAUAAUGAGCCGUGCCGGGGCUCAAUAUGGACAACCCCGAGCCCGGCUCUCGGGUUCGGUCAAGACUCCGGCAUCCAGUCUCGCCCGGUGCCUGUUCGGACGUCCGCGUCUCGGUCUUUUCAGUCUGAUCGGGCCAAGCAAGGCACGAGAAGAACUCACCAACACCUCGACAUGCCUGUGACAUGGCCACACCUAUAUCAACGACACAGCCGCACCUGGAGACGUGUCCGUGCAUGAUCUUGGGUGCUAGACAGACCGCGCCGUUUCGUUGAAUUAUCCAGCCUCGAGUUGCAGCUGUCUGUCUCGUCAACGACGCCGCCCCGAAAACACUCCCAAAUAGUAUCGACAAGCAAGCAUGGCGCCUCCGAGCGGCAGUGAUGAUAAUGAAAAGGAGUGCGUCUCGAGCGCCUCCACGGUCGCAGGCCUCUCGCCUCAUGAUCAGAAGCAGCGGCCGCCGGGUGACGACAAGGAUGUGGAGCGCGAUGCUCAGAGCACGUCGUCGUCGUCGGCACACGAGGCCUCAGACAUGACCGCCGCACGCCAUCCGACCGUCGUCGACUGGGACGGGCCAGACGACCCGGCGAACCCCAUGAACUGGCCCCUGUCCCAGAAAGCGGCUGCCAUUGCCAUCGUAUCUGCCAUCACAUUCGUGAGCCCCCUGGCCUCGUCCAUCUUUGCGCCAGGCAUCCCCCAGGUCAUGGCCGACUUUGGGUCCACCAACCAAGAGAUCGCGUCCUUUAUUGUCUCGGUCUACGUCGUCGGAUACUGCUUUGGCCCGCUCCUCAUCGCGCCGCUCUCAGAGCUAUACGGACGAGCGCCGCUGUACCAAGUGUGCAACGUGCUCUUCGUCAUCUUCAGCGUUGCCUGCGCCCUGGCCCCCAACCUGGGUGGCCUGGUGGCCUUCCGCCUGCUCGCCGGGCUUGCGGGCAGCUGUCCCAUGGCCAUUGGGCCGGGCACCAUAGCCGAUCUCGUCCCCCGCGAGAAGAGAGGAAAGGUCAUGGCGGCGUGGGUGUUUGGGCCGCUCUUUGGACCCGUCAUUGGGCCAAUUGCCGGUGGAUAUCUCACGCAGGCCAAAGGUUGGCGCUGGUCAUUCUGGGUUGUGGCCAUUGCGUCCGGCGCCAUCACGAUCGCGUCUUUGAUCUUUAUGCGCGAAACGUAUGCCUAUGCGAUCCUCGACCGAAAGGCCAAGAAGCUCCGCACGCAGACUGGCAACAGCAGUCUCCGCUCCGCACUCGACGACGGGCGUGCCACCAAGGACAUCUUCGCCUCGGCCAUUGUGAGGCCAAGCAAGAUGCUCAUCUUCUCGCCCAUUGUGUUUCUCCUCUCUCUGUACAUGUUCAUCCUCUACGGCUACCUGUACCUCAUCUUCACCGCCAUGCCGGGCUUGUUUCAAAACGAGUAUGGCUUCUCCACGGGCCAGGUCGGGCUCUCGUACUUGGGACUCGGGAUAGGAUCGGCGAUUGGGCUUUUCCUUGCCGGUGCUGCGUUGGACCGCGUCGUCGCGUUCUUGCAAGCCAAGAACGGUGGCGACUUCAAGCCCGAGUACCGCCUGCCUCUCAUGAUCAUCGCCGGUGUAGCCGUGCCCAUUGGGCUGUUUCUGUUUGGGUGGACGGCCAAGACGCACCAACAUUGGAUUCUGCCCAUCAUCGGGACGUCGUUUUUGGGCUUUGGCAUGACCCUCGCCUUUAUGGCCAUUUCGACGUAUCUGGUCGAUGCCUUCGGUAUGUUCGCCGCGUCAGCAGUCGCCGCCAGCACGGUGCUCCGGUCCCUUGGAGGCGCGGCGCUGCCGCUGGCAGGCGGCAAGAUGUUUGAGACACUCGGUCUGGGUUGGGGCUCCUCUUUGCUUGCCUUUAUUGCACUGGCGAUGAUACCCGUUCCGGUCGUGUUUUACCGCUACGGCGAGCGUGUCCGGGCGAAGAACCUGUUUGGCGUGCAGUUUUGACGGGCGCGGGUGGUAACACCGCGGAGGAGCAACGUACGGUGAGAAGAGUUGUUGUCGAAGAUGGCCGUGGAGAUUGGAUAUAGAGUAUAGACAGGGUGUGAACACCACCCUGAAAGGACUCAAUGGUUGUUAGAGUGGGCGACAGGAACAUCAAGUACAACAUACAGUCAGAUAGCAUCUAAGCGUCAGUUGAAGACGAGCAGGGACCGCACC